UGAUAAUUGCAAGUUUUUAUUGUUAAGGGAUUCCCACCCACUUCUUUUAAAUAUUUUUGAUAUAUGGAGUCCGUUAAUAUUGAAAAUACUUUCGAAAUUUACAUGCAGGAACUGGAAAAGUUCCAGAAAAAACAUCCUAAAGCAUUUAAAGCUACUUUCUUUUGUCCUUCCAGAGUCUUCAUUCUCUCUUCUUUCAUCUAAAGAACGAAAAGAAAACCAACCUCAAGUUUUGGGCUACCUCAAUACAUCAAUUAGAUUAGAUGCAAUGUGCAAUAAAGGAGCUUACAGUAUAAUUUGCAAAAAUGCAUGCUACAAAUAGUAAUCUAUUUGGUGCAUAUGCUAAUAUUUUAAUUUCUCUGGCAUUGGGCGAAAUUUCUCAUGAAGACGAAUUUUUUAUCCAACAAUGUAAAAAAAUGCCUUUUUCAACCCCGAAGAUUAUCAAAAGAGAGGAUAACCAACUUGACGAAGGACUACUUGAUCUGUUUCAGUUUGAAGAUGUAAUAUUGGUACUUGAGCCUGGUACAUAUACAACUAUGGUGUUGAUGGAAAUGGAUAACAGAAACAUCGUUAUCAUUGGAAUUGGUAAAGUGACAAUAAAGAAUUCUGACAUCAAUGUAUUCCGAGGUAGUGAUAGUAAUCUUGUACUAUAUAAUAUUUAUGUUGAAUGUACUCGAGGAUACUCACUAUAUAUGGAAACCUCUCAGGUUUUUGUAGACAACUGCUGGUUCAUCAAAUGUUUUGGACCGGUUCCGCCUAUUUGUAUUGAUGGUCGUAAAGCAAAACUAUUCAUGAACAAAUGUGUUGUUGCCAAUAUAAAAAAUGCUGGCGGUAUUUUAGCUGAUAUUGAUAGCAUAGCUUAUAUUAAAGAUUGUAAAUUAUACAAUAUUGGAGUAACUGAUGUUAAAUAUAUAUUUAAGUAGUGUAUUUUCUUGUUUGGACGGUUGCGAGUUUACAAUUCAUUAUGAUUUAAGAUCAUAAAUCUCCUUUUAAGUAAAUCCAUUUGUAAAUCAUAAUCAUGGUUUUAGUUUAUUUUGUGUUGGUUAAUUGUCUUUUUAAUAAUUAUUAAAUAUUUAAAUUGUUUAUGAUUAUUAUUCAUAUUAGUAAAAUGAUGGUGCUUUUG